AUGGGGAGUAUAUCAUCACUAUACUACUCUCAGUCAAACGGUCAUGCUGAGGCAUGUGUCAAACAGCUGAAACACCUCACCAUAAAGACUUCCCCGACAAAUUUGCUAAUGACAAAUUUACACAAGGUCUACUUAAACUGCGAAACACUCCACGAAAAGAUGGACGUUCUCCUGAACUUACUGCUUGGUCGCCCAUUAGGCUCUUUUCUACCUACUCAUAGGAGUGUAUUCGACCAGAAGUGGGAUGAUGCUGCCGACAAAUGCGACCAGAAGCGAGCAAUUCUACAAGAUCAGGCAGUGGAACACAAAGUAAUAAAACUCUGUGGCGCAACCGCCGAUUUCUGCGACCUAUCCCACAGCAUCUAUCAGUGA